GCAAUAGUGAAUCUGGCUGGAUAAGAAUUGAGUGAGUGCCAGUCUCCCUUCCUACCAUUUCUUGUAUACUCUGCUGCUCUGCCUUUAUCUUCAAUUGUACUCUCUACAGAAGUUUGGGGCGGUGACGUUCUGAAUUCGAUUGUAUCUUGCUUCGUCUUUGUUUUCAUUAAGAGCAAACCGAAGCUAGAAUUUUGUGAUGCAGCUCCACGGAACACCAUUUGAUCAUGGAUUCGAGAUGCCUGCAGAGUGGGAAACCCACACUCAGUGUUGGAUGGGUUGGCCAGAACGCCCUGAUAACUGGCGAGAGAACGCUGGACCGGCCCAACAUGUGUUUGCGAAGGUGGCAACUGCCAUCUCAAAAUUUGAGUCUGUUACUGUUUGUGUUAGUUCUGGCCAGUGGGUGAAUGCACGAAGUCAGUUACCUAAACAUAUCAGGGUGGUUGAGAUGAGUAUGAAUGAUUCUUGGUUUCGUGAUACUGGACCCACUUUUGUUGUGAGAAGAAGCACGACAACAGAGUCUGGUGGUGCAGUUGACAGAAUUGCAGGGAUUGACUGGCAAUUUAAUAGUUGGGGGGGUUCAGAAGGUGGAUGCUAUACUGAUUGGAGUCUUGAUUUGCUUGUGGCUAAGAAGAUUUUGGAAAUUGAGAAGAUUCCUAGAUUUCGGCAAUCGAUGGUGCUUGAAGGUGGAAGUAUCCAUGUGGAUGGAGAAAGAACCUGUCUUACAACAGAAGAGUGCCUCUUGAACAAGAACAGGAAUCCUAACUUGAAUAAGGACCAAAUAGAGUAUGAACUUAAGACAUAUCUUGGAGUCAGGAAGGUUAUAUGGUUGCCUCGUGGAUUAUAUGGGGAUGAUGACACGAAUGGUCACAUUGAUAACAUGUGCUGUUUUGUGAGGCCUGGUGUGGUUCUGCUGUCUUGGAUUGAAGAUGAAACUGAUCCUCAGCAUGAAAGAUCUAAAGAAGCUCAUUGUAUCCUUUCAAAGGAAACAGACGCUCAUGGUAGAAAGUUUGAAAUCAUUAAAAUCCGUGUUCCUGGUCCACUCUAUAUGACAGAGCACGAGUCUGAUGGGAUUUCCCAAGACGGCAAGGCUAAGUCAAGACUUCCCGGUACUAGGCUUGCUGCUUCCUACGUAAACUUUUACAUUGCAAAUAAAGCUAUCAUUGCACCACAAUUUGGAGAUAGAAAGUGGGACUACGAAGCUAUCCGAGUCUUAUCUAAUGCCUUCCCUCAUCAUGAAGUUGUAGGAGUUGAAGGUGCCAGGGAGAUUGUUUUGGGCGGUGGAAAUAUACACUGCAUUACUCAGCAACAACCAGCAGUUUAAUCAGCCGCCAUCUCAAUAUUCCUUGACAGAUGGUAUUGUUGUAUUAAUGCUUUUAGGUUUUCAGAAUGAUUACUAGAUGUAAAACCGAGGAAAAUAAAACCAGAUUUAUUAAUUUUAAACCGAGGAAUAAUAGUUUUUAUUUUGCUACCAA